AGUCGAUCGACGAGUUAUGUCGACUCCUAAAUUUUCUCGCGUCGACAUUAUUCAGUUUCAGUUCAGUGCAUUUCACGAUCUGUCAGUGGUGCGGGAACUUUACGUCAGACACUUCGUGCUGGUUUUGGAGCUAGGAAAACUACAAUCCAAAAAAAUAUAACAUUCUUACGAUGGCUUCGCUAGCAACCAAGGGAUCCUCGCUGGUGUCGACUCUGUUGACCAACGCUCGGCCCAAGUUCAAUGUGUUCAUGAAGUACGCCAAGGUUGAGCUGACGCCGCCCACCCCCGGAGACAUCCCCGCCAUCCGCGACGGAAUCGCCCGCAUCGUUUCCGGAGCCCGCACCGGAGCCUGGAAGAAUUUAACCGUGAAGGAGGCCUGGCUGAACAGCCUGGUCACUGCCGAGGUUUUCUUCUGGUUCUACGUCGGAGAAUGCAUCGGCAAGCGCCACCUGGUCGGUUAUGAGGUCUAAGGCCAUCGUCUAAACUAAACUAGGUAUUGGUCGGAUCAGUGAAAGUGUUUCGAGUCGAUGAAUAAUAACUGUAAUUGUAAAAACUAA